AGUGCUCUAACCACCGAGCAACACCAGCCAGGGCAAACAGUUAACUAUUUUUGGUACACUUAAAACAGAGGUUGAUUUGCUUUGCAAAUCUUUAAAAACAAUUCUUCAGUUUUGGCCAGUGUGAUAUCUAUUAUCCCUGGGUCCUGAGCAAGCUUUCCUUGGCAGGAUAAUUGUGGAAAGGCCCUGGAAGCUUUCAGGCUUUGUCCUGUUGUAGUCACACUUCUGUAAAGGAGUCUCACUAAUGGUAGUGGAUGGUUGCUCUUUCCCUGUCCCACAGGCAUCCCUGCCUGGUCCCUACCCUUGCCCCUGCCUCAUCUCACUGUGUGGAACUCCUGUGUCUGGUGGAUGCAGGGCUAGGAGGGUAGUCUCAAUCUGAAUUGUGUCACUGACUUGCACUGCAGCUUGGGAGCUCCACCCUGAUCCCGGGUGCCCACUUGCCAGGAGUCACACUUUUCCAAGUCAUUCCAGGGCCUGAUGUCCUGGGGCAGUUUUCUUUCUUAGAGGCAGUUGGAUGGCAUGUGCUGUGUUCCCAUCUUGAAAUUCUAAGGCAAACUGUUUUUCAGAUGAAUUUCCUCUGCUGACAACCAAACGUGUAUUCUGGAAGGGUGUUUUGGAGGAGUUGCUGUGGUUUAUCAAGGGAUCCACAAAUGCUAAAGAACUGUCGUCCAAGGGAGUGAAAAUCUGGGACGCCAAUGGGUCCCGUGAAUUCCUGGAUGGCCUGGGAUUCUCUAACAGAAAAGAAGGAGACUUAGGCCCAGUUUAUGGCUUUCAGUGGAGGCAUUUUGGGGCAGAAUACAAAGAUAUGGAUUCAGAUUAUUCAGGUCAAGGAGUAGACCAACUGCAAAAGGUGAUUGACACGAUCAAAACCAACCCUGAUGAUAGAAGAAUUAUCCUGUGUGCUUGGAAUCCAAAAGAUCUUCCUUUCAUGGCCCUACCUCCAUGCCAUGCCCUUUGCCAGUUCUAUGUGGUGAAUGGCGAGCUGUCCUGCCAGCUGUACCAGAGGUCAGCAGACAUGGGACUAGGCGUGCCCUUCAACAUCGCCAGCUACUCCCUGCUCACCUACAUGAUCGCACACAUCACCGGCCUGAAGCCAGGUGACUUUGUACACACUUUGGGAGAUGCACACGUUUACUUGAAUCAUGUUGAGCCGCUGAAAAUGCAGCUUCAGCGAGAACCAAGGCCUUUCCCGAAGCUCAAAAUCCUUCGAAAAGUUGAGACAAUUGAUGACUUCAAGGCUGAAGACUUUCAGAUUGAAGGGUACAAUCCUCAUCCAACUAUUAAAAUGGAAAUGGCUGUUUAGACUGCUUUUAAAGGAGUUGUUUAAGGGAUACUGUCAAUCUUUCAGGGUGGGGCUGGAUGUUUAGGUUGAAGUUCUUCGUGCUCAAAAGGAAGAAGGAACUAGGUAAAAAAUCAGUUAGUAACCUAUUAUUAUUCACUAACUUAAUGCUGUUGCCACUGACAAAUAUUACUUUACUGGUUCUCUUAGUAAUAAAAGGCCUUAACUGAGUGAGGAUGUAUGAAAAUGCUGAGAUUAUGAAUCAGGUGAGGAGAGUAAAAAUGUAUUUACUCUUAGCAAAAACAUGUACGUGCAUUUCAAUCCCACGUUUGUAUAAAGAUCAAUAAUUUCAAGAAUUAUAAGCUAUUCCCUCACAUUGCAGCAAGUGGAAUAACAUUAGUCAUGAUGAUGUGUAGUUGGUGUGGUAUGAACAUUUAAGGCUUUAUUUGUUUUACAUAUUUUCAUAAUAAAGUGUUCUGCAUUCA